UUGGUAUUUUCCCCAGCAAAGAGGAUCGGAAAGAUUCCUCCUGUGGGCUUGCAUCAUGGAGGCCAGCAGUAAAUCCAGCAGUCAACAGAUUCUGUGGAAAGAUGUUGAGAUGGAAAAAGAGAAGAAGACCAAGUACCAUGCUUACCAGCGAGUGGCUCUGAUUCUGGCUCUGGUCUUCCUUGUUUUGGCUCUCUGUGUUUUCAGCCUGAGAUAUGUGUGGAGCCCCAGUCUGGGGAAGGUGUACGACCACCAGUACAAAGCUGUAGUGGAUGGAGUGGAGAGAGACGGCAUGAUGGAGAUCGACCCAGGUCAGCGCAUUGAGAUUUUCAGAAUGGGAAACGGCAGCGAGGAGGUAGUUGAAGUGCACGACUUCAAGAAUGGAAUCACUGGGAUCCGGUUUGCCGAACAUCAGAGGUGUUACAUCAGGACCCAAACUAGGCAACUACCCACAGUGGCAGAGGUGGAGGCUGAGGACGCAGAGCAACUGGUGGAUGAGACAGAGGCCGUGGAUAUGAAGGUGGAAGACUCCCAAGUGUGGGUUCCUGCUGAGGAGCCCAUCGUUAACCCGGCCUUCCUCUUUGACUCCAAGAUCUGGGAGAUUUGCCAGGAGCUGCCCAUCCACUGGAUCCAUCCCUCCCCUCUGAGCGAUGCUGAAGUGGGAAAUGUGGACGCGCCUGACGCAGAGGUCACAGGUCAGCGAUUCGCCCGCGACGUCCUGGACCACCCUCCUGUAAACGACUAUAGAGACAUCGGGAUCGAGCUGGAUAACCGCCUGGAUGACCACGGAUACUGCUGCCAGCACUGUCGCCGUGGUUACCGCUACUGCCGCCGCUACCACGAGCCCUUGGGUGGCUUCAACCCGUGGCCUUACUACUACCAAGGAGGCCGGGUCAUCUGCCAGAUUGUCAUGCCGUGCAACUGGUGGAUCGCCCGCAUGCUGGGCAGGAUCUGAGGAGGGCGCGUGCUGUCUGUGUCUGUACAUGUGGGAUUUAAACUGUUUAUGUAGUUGUAGGUGCAAAUUCUGCUUUUAUAUCCCGGACCACUUAAGAGACCACAGCAGUCCAUUACACACAAUUAUUAUCCAAUCUGUAGGUUGGCCCACUGAGUAUUAGUCUGUUUAAACAGUCCAAAUGGUAUUUGAAGCGUUCUUAAAAGGCAUUGCUCGUUUACAGCUGUCUAAUUUUCUUUGCUUAUCUAACCGUUAUUAUCCUUGCUAUUUGAUUCUGUUGAAUUGGUGCCAUUUAGUUUGGAGGAUGUCACCUUAAACUAAUCUGCUGCAAAAAAAGGGGGGGGGGGGGGCACACACUGUCUGUCUCGACCUUGUCAUGCAUUCAUUUUUUUACUUUAUAGGUUAAAAAGACUUGUUCUACUAUAAUGUAUGAACAUGUUGCUUUCUUACAAUAGAUCAAUAUGUGCAACAAUCUGAGUGGUGAUUAAGUAUACAUGUUUUGUCUCAGUUGUUUGUGACGAUUGUUGUUAUUGCUUCAGUAGAUUAAAAACCUUCCCUAUAUUCACAUACAACUAGAACACUACAUGCAUCAUAUUCAAAUUAAGACAAAUUUAGGGGAAAAUAGAAAGUAGCUAUAACAGAACUAGAGGAAGCUUUCCUUGCUGGCUUUAUGUGUUUUUAAGAUCAUGUUAAACUAAGGAGGUACAGCAUAAUUGAAGAUGCACAGACCUCGGCUGUCUUUUGUGAUGUAGUUACUGUUGUCUCAUGCUCCAUUGUUUUCCAUCUUGUUGCAAUCCACAAAAUGCUUUAAAUAGUGCUUCUGUUCAAACAGUUUCUUCUUUGCUGAGGCGAUUUUAAUCGGCAACACCACAUCUCAAUCUGUCGAGCUGAAAUAACUCUCAUCUGCAAGUAACGGAUAAGCAAGUGAGAUAGGCGUUUGCAAUUGAUGGUCUGUCAUCAGAAUAACAAGGUGCAUAAAUGCCCAAGAGUAUUCAAGUGAUGUGGGAUAUUAAAAGUUUAACAGAGAGACAAAAAUGGAGCACUCAUGUUGUCAUAGUUUGCUUUGAAGCCUUCUGUAUGUUUCAGUCUCUUGCUGGAUUUUUUUCCAAUUAAAAUUUGUAUGUAUGAAUAAUCCGAGUUGUCCUAUCAUAUGAAACAAUAUGAUUUGAAAGCUGAUGAAGUGUGGGUUUGAAUCUGACUCACACAAUCCAUACAACAGGCAGACCUUCUCCAUUAGUCCCAUUGCUCAUUAGCAAAAACAUUUAGCGUCAAAUUGACAGGAAAAAAAAUAGACGUGCAUGCUUUUAUAGUUUCUUUCAUAACCAUAGUCUCGCUUGUGUAUCUGAUGCAUAAUAAUGCAUUGUUUACAGUAAUAUAAAAGAAGCACCUCGCCU